AUGGUGUCUGGUGGAAGACAGAUUCUGGGUUUUGUCCUGGCUGUCAUCGGCUUUCUGGGGAGCAUCAUCAUCUGCGCUCUCCCCACCUGGAAAGUCACAGCCUUCAUUGGUGCAAACAUCAUCACUUCUCAGGUGAUCUGGGAGGGUCUAUGGAUGAACUGUGUGACCCAGAGUACAGGUCAAAUGCAGUGCAAAGUCUACGACUCUCUCCUGGCUUUACCUCAAGACCUGCAGGCUUCCAGAGCACUCGUCAUCAUCGGCAUCAUCGCCAGGCUCUUUGGGAUCAUUCUCGGCAUGGUCGGGGGCAAGUGCACCAACUUUGUGGAGGACGAGAGGGAAAAGAGCAGAGUGGCCAUCGCUUCUGGAAUCAUCUUUAUCAUUGCAGGCCUCAUGGUGCGUAUCCCCGUCUCCUGGACCGCCACAGGGGGCCUCCUGUGCACCUCCUGUCCCCCGAGAGAAGAAAAGGAUUAUGAUGUGAAGUACGCCAAGGCUCGCUCUGAGCACAGCAGCACGGCCUACGUUUAG